UCACUGACUUCACUAACAAUAAUCUCUUAGUUAGCUCGUUUCUCAAUGAGUCGUCUUCCCGGAGUGUGCUUCCACUAGCCUGGGGGUAAGAAUGUCGACUAAUAACAGCAGCAAAACUGCUGAUAACAAAUCCGAAUUUCCAAUAAUCAGCAGCAUCAAAGCUGCUCCUGCCAGUUCCGUACCUACCGAGCCCAGAAAUCAGGCGCUUCUCCUGAGCUUGCUGACUUGCAACCUGGAAAUUCAAAACCUGAUGUUUCAGCGGCAAUAUCCGUAAUAAGCCAGGCUUCAAAUAAGAACUCGAAUUCGGAAUCCACUUUGCAGGAAGCAGCAGCAGCAGAAUCCUCGUCCCGUGCUGCAGCGACCAGCUGAACCGUGACGGUGAAAGAAAGAAAGAAUCUCACAAGCCCCAAGGUUCAAUCUGCUGAAUUUGCCUCAGAGUACCACGCAAGCAGGGAAGCACGUCAACAGGAGUCUGAGACAUUUCAAAAGAGCCUGAGCUAUCCGGCGAGUGUCGUCGGGAGAGGAGAUGAUGCCCCGGCUGUGGGGUCUCCAGAGCCUGAACGUGAUCUUAGGCAGAACUCCCAGGCCUGAAGCAGCAACAGCAGCAACAGAAGCAGCAGCAGCAGCAGGAGGAAAUGGAGGAGAAGCAGAAGCAGCAGCAGCAGCAGCAGCAGCAGCAGCAGCAGCAGCAACAGCAACAAAUUUCACAGUCCAGCCCCAGUGUUCGUCCAUUCAGCAGCAUUAUCCCGAGGACAUCCGAGGCAUGUACAACGGUCCAGUCAAGCGAUUCUGCAGCAGCCGUGUCAGAAUCUGCUUUUGAUGCGCCUCAAAAGCAGACAUCCAAGGCAUGUACAACGGUCCAGUCAAGCGCUUCUGCAGCAGCCGUGUCAGAAUCUGCAUUUGAUGCGCCUCAAAAGCAGACAUCCAAGGCAUGUACAAUGCUUCAGUCAAGCGCUUCUGCAGCAGCUGUGUCUAAAUCUGCUUUUGAUGCGCCUCAAAAGCAGACAUCCGAGGCAUGUACAAUGGUCCAGUCAAGCGCUUCUGCAGCAGCCGUGACAGAAUCUGCCCCAACCACAUCAGUCGCCCCGUUACCAAAGGAGUGCGUCACCUCUGCAGCUGGCAGAAGUAUUCCAAGGACAUCUGGGAUAUCCACUGUAGCAGUUCAGUCAAGUGCUUCGGCAGCAGCUGUAUCAGCCGAAUCUGCACCAACAACAUUAGUCGCCCCGUUACCAAAGGAGUGCGUCGCCUCUGCUCCAAGCAACCGUAUUUCAAGGACAUCUGGGACAUCUACAGUCAAGUGCUACUGCAGCAGCCGUUUCAGAAUCUGCAUCAACGACAUCAGUCACCCCUUAACCAAAGGAGUGCGUCGACUCUGCUCCAAGCAACCGUAUUCCAAGGACACCUGGCACAUCUACAGUAGUCCUGUCAAGUGAUUUUGCAGCAGCCGUUUCAGAAUGUACAGCAAUCGAGUCCGUCACCUCUGCAGCAAACAAAUCAGAUGUUCCAUCGAUGGGCACGAGCAGAAGUGGCUGUGCCACUAGCAAUCUCACGACAACCAGCAGCACGGACGCAAUUCCCCGUGGCAGCAUACCCACUAUUCCCAAUUUUUGAGGCGCCUCAAAAUAAUCCCACGACAACCAGCAGCACGGACGCAAUUCCCCGUGGCAGCAUACCCACUAUUCCCAGCAGCAGUGCCGUUAUCCCUAGCAGCAGCAGCACAGUGAAACGCAUCGCCAGCACCACACCAACCUCUGCUUGUGGUAACUCAGUUACCACCCGGACCACUGCCUUCACCAGCAGCAGCAGCAAUACUGCGUCUGCCUUGGGUUCGGGGAUGAGUUACAGGGAAAGCAGUACUGCUGCUGCAGUUGCUCAAGCAGCAGCAGCAACAACUAUCAAGCAGGAUUACAGUGAUUAUAACGACCAUAAGGAUGAUGACUAUAAGGAGGGUAAACGAGAGAAGAAGAGCAGUGCAGGCGGCAAGAAGCAUCACCAGCACAGCCACCACCACAAGCAACAGGGUUACCAUGUAACCAGCAACAGAUGGAGAAGGAACCUGUACCGAGUGGCACCGAAUCUCGCCAUGUGCGUGCUCCUACUGGUCGUUCUGGGUAGCAUAAUCCACCAGCUAGUGGUGGUUACCACCUUGUACAGUGACGAAUACGCCUCCCUGGGAGAUUUCAGCAGGGGGGAACGGAGGCGACGCUAUAUCAAACGGUCUUAUAAUCGCAAGAGACAGUCUGGUGUUGGGGUAAAGCUAGAAGAUAUCUGGGCGGAUAAGGAAGGGGAUGGGGGAGAGGAAGCGGAGGGAGAAGAUAGCCCAUGGGAUACCCGCAAACGUUACAGAAUCUUCUCAGAAAGAGAGGAGGCUUGGGCCGGAGCGGCAGAGGCAGAUGCAGGAGCUGCCUUGGACCUGCCGAACCUGCAGGCUCGGAGACUGCGCAACCGAGGCCUUGUUCCGAAGCAGAUGGGAGCAAAAGGGCAGUAAGAAGAGUCCAGGGGACGCUGAUGGGGCAGGCGAGGGUCAACGCAAAGACCAGGAAGGCAACGACAACAAGUACAACUAUUACCAUCACCAUCACCAUCACCAUGACCAUGACUACCCCUUGUAUGACUUGGCAGAUCCUAGAGCACAGCUGCGGAUGUGCAGCAGCAGCAGCAGCAGCAGCAGAGAGAGUCCCAGCGCCACGUUCCUCAAGGGCUGGAUCCUGCACGGCGACUCCGGAGGUGCAAAUGGCAGGGCUC